AUGGAACCUUCAGGGCGGAGCGUCGCAUUCAUCGGGUGUGGGAACAUGGGAGGCGCCAUUUUGCACGGCGUGCUCGAUGCUGCAUUUUCAAGCAAAGAAUCAAGCUCCUCGCAGUCGCGGCCAGUAUCCAAAUUCAUCGCUUGCACGAAGACCGCCUCCUCGGCCCAGCGCCUAGAAGCCUCUAUCCCCGCUGAGCAGAAGACUCAUGUGCAUGUUCUCUCCUCCCAGGCUGUCCCCGUGGACACUAUGAAGGACGCAGACAUUGUCAUUCUCGGCUUCAAGCCGUUUAUGGCAGACGAAAUUCUCAGGACCAAGGGUGUAAAAGAAGCGCUUGCGGGCAAGCUAGUCAUUAGUCUGCUCGCCGGAUUGACACCGCAGAAGUUGGCAAGUAUCAUUCGUGAAGGCUCAGUUAGCUCCGCCAACGAGCCAGUGAUUGUCAAGGCAAUCCCAAAUAUGGGUGCGCAGUUUCGCAAGUCGAUUAGCGUGAUUGAGACCCCCGAAAGCCCGAUUCCUGAGCAUAUGACUGAGGCGGUGGAAUGGAUUUUCAAGCAAGUCGGCGAGAUCAAGUAUCUUCCGCAAAGUCAGAUGGACCUUGGAUCUGUGCUCGCCGGAUCAGCACUAGCGGCCAUGACUGUGCCCAUCGAAGGUAUCCUAGACGGAUGUGUGGCCGAAGGAAUGAAGCGACCAGAUGCAAUGGAACUGCUGCUCGCUGGUCUGCGGGGUCUCUCCGCUGCUCUUGAGUCUGGAAUUCAUCCCGCGGUCCUUCGUGAGAGUAUCUCAUCUCCACGAGGAUGCACAAUUCAGGCGCUGCUGGCGCUGGAGAAGGCAGGAAGUCGGGCGGAUUUUGCAGAGGCAAUCAUUAAAGGCACAGAGCAUUUGAAGAAGACGAAUUAA